GCGAUUUUUAUUAUUUUUAAAAUUUGAAUUGAUAAUAAAACCUCAAUGUUUUGAUUGAAUUUAUCGAAAAUUUCUAAAAGUAUUUCUCAACUCUCGAGCAGAACGGUACCUUCAGGCAAGGGUUAAACGAAUUUACUGAAGCAUAACAAUUUAGUCUCAACUCGAGUUUAAAAACCAAAGUCGAACAAAUAAAAUGUGCGCGUGAGUUUCAUCAGAGAGCAGUUCCUAAUUGCUCGGAAUGAACAGCGCACACGGAUAUCAUUCUACAGUUUGAAUGGACGUUAAAAAAUGACUAAAUCUCCAUAACGCACGCGAUGUUAAGUUUUUUUCGUUUGCUGUUGCAAUUUCGAUUUCAUGGGUACUUUACGGGUUUUUUUUACUCUUAGGAUGUUUAAAAUGACAGAGCUAUUAGGUGGCUCAAUUUGGUUUGGAAGUUUUGUGUUUAACGUUUUUGUUGAAGAGUUUUGUUCUGGUUCUCAAAUCAAGAACGGCAACAAUUGAACAUUUCCUGAUUCAGGAAAAAAGUGACCAUGAAAUAUGAAGCAUGAAUAGAUCAACUGCUUUUAAAAAAAAUUAGUAAACAAAUAGGAUUGUGUAUUAAAAGGCUGAUGUUUUGAAUUCAAGGUGUGCCAAAAACAAACUAACAAAACAAACGAUCUUCUAUUAUUUCCGUUGCAUGCGAAAAACCUGCAGUGAAAGUGAGGAAAAGGGGGCUGAAAAUAGUAGCAUAGCAGCAGCAGCGGUAGUGGCCAGUAAAAAGGUGGAAGAUUUAUGUGUUUUGGUCGUCGUCCGGAACAGGAAGAAAUUGAUUGCAGUGCAGGUCCUGUGAACGUGCAGUUUGCUUUGCAGAUCUCGUGGGAGAGAGAUGGUCCUCAACGAUACGCAGCUGGCGCUAUGCACCGUUUUUACGCUGUAUUUGGGUGGUCUUCCGCUGAUGUACAGCCCGGCACCGAGGGGCGACUGCGAAAACUGCUGCCCAAUCCGGGAGCCCAAGGAUAUUCAGUUUUUCCUCUUCACCAGGCAAAAUCGUGACAAGGGAGAUGUGCUGUACGUUUCCGACAAGAAACAUCUGCGGAGGUCCCACCUGAACAGGACCAACCCGCUGGUGAUCUACAUGCACGGCUUUUCUGAGCGGGCACCGGGCGGGGAGGGCGAGAGCAGCCGACAGAUGAAGGAAGCCCUGCUCGACUCCGGCGACUUCAACGUGGUCCUGGUGGACUGGAGCCCGCUGACGGCGCUGCCCUGGUACGUCAACUCGGUCCAAAAUGGGCCCCGCGUGGGCCGGUUCAUCGCCCGUUUCAUCCGCUUCCUGGUGCUGUCCAAUUUUCCGCUGAAGCAGAUUCACCUGAUUGGAUUCAGCCUGGGGGCGGAAGUGGCGGGAUUCGCAGGAAAAACGCUCAACGAGUGGGGCAUGAAGCUGCCCCGGAUCACCGGUCUCGACCCGGCCUUCCCCCUGUACGUGUUCGAGCGGGCCUCCCAGCGUCUCAGCCCGAACGAUGCCGAGUUCGUGGACGUCAUCCACACCGACGGAGGUCUGCUCGGCUAUCCGUGGCCGCUGGGUCACGUGGACUUUUACCCCAACGGUGGUGUCCCACUGCAGCCGGGUUGUGCCCAGCAAGAGCUGUCCAAGAAUCGCUGGCUGGGCGUCAUCAUCGGGUGUAGUCACGCCCGCGCAUGGCAGUACUUUGCCGAAUCGCUGGCCAGGCCGAGGGCCUUCCUGUGCGAUCGGUGCGAGAACAGUGACGACAGCGGCAGUGCAACCACUUCCAGUAACUGUACCAUGACCAACGAGGUGUUCAUGGGGAUGUUCACCGAUCGAACGCUGCGGGGGAAGUACUACCUCAGUACGAAUCCGGAACCGCCGUUUGGGAAGAAUUUGCCAUUGAAUUAAGGAGUUUGAAGUUCCUUCGAAUGUUCCUCAAGCAAUUGCCCAGUGUUGCUUUUGAAACACUGGCCUUGAUGACAAAUGUAAAUAGAUAUUUUUAUGUGUGAUUUAAGUUUUAAAAUAGAAUUAAGUAGAAAUAUACAUUUUUAAAUUGAC